AUAUAAAGCCGUUGGCAGUGCGAUGGCUUGCACAUCAAGCUUAGUGUUCCCAGCCAAGAAUAGAUAGCUUUUCUCUCGAGAGAAACUGUUAGAAAGAGAGCUGCAACAAGCAAGAUCUCACAAGCACAAGCCAAGAUGACGAUAGUGGAGAUGUGUGUUCACAUGGACUGCUCUGGAUGCGAGAGCAAAAUACGGAAGGCACUUCUUAAGUUAAAAGGGGUGGAUGAUGUGGACAUAGACAUGGUGCAGCAAAAGGUGACGGUCACCGGGUACGUGGACCAGAAGAAGGUGCUGAAGGCAGUGAGGAAGACGGGGAGGCGGGCGGUGCUGUGGCCCUAUCCCUACAACGUGGAGUAUCGUACCUAUUCCCAGGAGUACUACCACCAGCACCACCCCAACCCGGCCUACCACCUAAUCUUCAACUCCAAUCCACACUCCUACAACUACUAUAGGCAUGGGUACAACGAUUCUGACAUGCAUGGCUACUACCAGAAGCCGACCUCCUCCCACAUCGUUGACGAGAGGGCCCGGUCCAUCUUUAGUGAUGAUAACCCAAACGCCUGUUCCAUUAUGUGAAGAUAUCUUGUGAAAUUAUGUGCGCGCGCGUGUGUAUAUAUAUAUGUAUAUAGCUGCCCGACUUGGCCGGCCGCUUGCAUGCCUGGUCUUAUAAAUUUUGGGGUUUCUGUACUGAAGGGUGUACAUGUAUGGAGGAGUGAAUUUUGGGGUUUCUAUUAGUUUUAUGUAUAGGGUAUCCCAUAUUUUUAGUACCAUGAAAAACGAAUAUUAAUUCGGAGAAAAAAAUCUGUGCCGCUGCCUGGUAAUUUGGAUUUGUUCUGA